UAUAUAAAUUAUUUUGCAAGAGAUCUUCUUCAGUUCUUCAAUAUACUGCUAAAGUAACAGUUAGGAUCUUUCUUCCCAAAGAACCAGAAGCUAGCGAACUAUGUUGUCGCAAUCAGAAUCUCCUACUUCAACAACGACCACUACAAAUUCUUCUCCAGCUCCAAACCUAAAACCUGGUUCAGAUGAGAACUCUUUACCGGACGAUAUCGCCACUACCGUAGAAGAUUCACCUCGACCACCUUCCAAGAUCCCUCUCUCAUGGCCACCCGACGGGAAGCUAACUCUAGAUUGGGUUCAGGACCUCAGUUUCACCUUUGAGUGGUCAUCGAAGAACAUUGCACCUUCGAAUUUUUCCUCUGUCUUAUCUGUAUCCAUUUUCGAUUCUCUGGUUCGCUCGGCGUUAAAUAUCCUGCUUAAUGAACCCAAUUGCGUCAGAAUUGAUGGAUGUGGGGAAGACUCUAGUGCCGUUGUCGUCGGUGAUGUUCAUGGGCAGCUACAUGACGUGAUUUUCCUUUUGCGGGAUGCUGGGUUUCCCUCUGACAAUCGCUUCUUCGUGUUUAAUGGUGAUUAUGUUGAUAGAGGAGCUUGGGGUCUUGAGACAUUCCUGCUCUUAUUGGCUUGGAAGGUCUUUUUGCCAAACAGAGUGUUUCUCCUCCGUGGGAAUCAUGAAUCAAAAUAUUGCACCUCUGUUUAUGGUUUUGAGCAAGAGGUGAUGAAAAAAUAUGGAGACCAAGGGGAACAUGUUUACCGAAAAUGUUUAGGAUGCUUUAAGGGGCUCCCAUUGGCCUCUCUUAUAGCUGGCCGUGUUUUUACUAGUCACAGAGGGCUCUUCCGCUCCAUGGCAGCUACACCAUCAAAGAGAACCAAGGGAAAGAAGGGUCCCAGAGUGGUUUUAAAGAAACAAGCGAAUUCUCUCGCACUUGGUUCAUUGGAUGAAUUAUCCAAAGCAAGGAGAUCAGUUCUCGAUCCUCCAUGGGAAGGUUUGAAUUUGAUCCCUGGUGAUGUGAUGUGGUCAGAUCCAUCAAUGGACCCUGGUCUUUCUCCAAAUAAAGAGAGAGGCAUUGGUCUACUAUGGGGUCCUGACUGCACUGAAGAGUUCCUAAAGAAGUACCAGUUAAAGGUGAUUAUAAGAUCACAUGAAGGGCCUGAUGCAAGGGAAAAACGGCCAGGUCUUUCAGGGAUGCAGGAGGGAUACACAAUAGAUCAUGUGGUGGAGUUUGGGAAGCUAAUUACCCUUUUCAGUGCUCCUGAUUACCCACAGUUUCAGGCAGCGGAGGAGAGGUAUAGGAACCAGGGAGCAUAUAUUGUGCUGGAACCCCCUGAAUUUGAUAUGCCAGUUUUCCGUACUUUUGUAGCCGUAAUGCCAAGGCCAAAGGUGAAUGCGUACUAUAAUUAUAAAGAUGUGAUUGAUUCAGAUGAAGAGCUGGAUUUUGCAUCCAUGUGAAUGCGUUCAUGUACAUGUUUAUCUAAA